AUGAAUAUUUUACAUCAUUCCAUCUCUUUUUUCAAUUUAUUUCUGAUUGCCGCCCUAUCUAUCUAUCUAUCUAUCUAUCUAUCUAUCUAUCUAUCUAUCUAUCUAUCUAUCUAUUUUUGUCUUUUCAUUAUCUAUCUAUCUAUCUAUCUAUCUAUCUAUCUAUCUAUCUAUCUAUCUAUCUAUCUAUCUAUCCUUUUCUUUUCAUUAUCUAUCUAUCUAUCUAUCUAUCUAUCUCAAUUUCUUCAUUAUCUAUCUAUCUAUCCUUGUCUUUUCAUCUAUCUAUCUAUCUAUCUAUCUAUCUAUCUAUCUAUCUAUCUAUCUAUCUAUCUAUCUAUCUAUCCUUGUCUUUUCAUUAUCUAUCUAUCUAUCUAUCUAUCUAUUCCCCUCUAUUCUUAUUUUGGUUUAUUAUUCAUUGUUUCUUUAUAUUUCCGUUUUCAUUCAUUCCUUCUUCUCUCUAUUUUGCUCUUUCUAUCCUUCUCUUCCUUCUUAUUUUCUGAAUCUAUAUUUUUUCAUUCAUCGGUUUUCUUAAUUUAUUCUCUUUUUUUUCUCUUUCUUUAG